AUGCGUUCCAGCAGCUUCAUCGCCGUGGCCGCCGCGGCCGCUCAGGGCGUCGCCGGACUUGGAAUCAACUGCCACGGAGACGUGUAUUGCGGCACCGUGUACCUGAACGGUGGCACUCUGUCGGAUUUCGAAAACAUCUUCAACAAGCUCGACGACAAGCGGAAAUACCAGAACGGCGAGGACGUGGGCUGUGUCCAGCACCUGGUAGGCCACUUGACCGGCAACUUCAUGGCCACAAUCUGUGCCUACAUUCAAAACGCCAAGGACGACACCACGGGUGCUACCUUGAAGAGUGUCUACAAGGAGCUCCAGCAGUAUGGAUGCGCCGUCUGCGGAAGCGUGCCGCUGCUCUAUGCCAAGGGCGACGACGACGUCAACCACGGAGAGCUCACCAUCAACAUCGUCGACGACCUCCCCGAGAACUGCAAGAUCAACGAGCCUUGCUCUGCGAGCUAA